UGUGUAGACGAAAUUUUAAUCCAAAAAACAAAACGCGGCCAGUGAACAAAGUAAUAAAAAUUAUAUAUUUUUCAUGGUGGCAUCAAUAGCGUAUAAAAAAUGAAACCUAUAGUGCUGCUGGUAUUAUGCUUUGCAAUAGUCAAUUGCCAGCGUAAUAUUGAACCUAUUCCGAAAAUAAAAAUAGGGGGCAUAUUUUACGACUAUGAAUUCGAAAUCGAAGAAGCUUUCAUAAAAACCAUUGGAGUUGUUAACGGCCUAAGUGAGGGGGAGUUUAAGUUGGAACCAGUUAGUAAACAUCUAAAGGACUCUGAUGGUUCCAUGGUUAUUGAAAAAUAUGCAUGUGAUUUGUUGGAGCUGGGUGUCGCAGCUAUUUUUGGACCAAGUUCAAAGGCAAACAGCGAUAUUGUUUCUAUUCUGUCCAACGUCACCGGCGUUCCGAAUCUCUUGUUUGAUGCCAUUAGUGAGGAAAACGAACAGCAGAAGGCUGGUCAUCAGCUAACGCUAAAUGUGUAUCCGACCCAGCUGAUAUUGUCUAAGGCAUAUGCAGACAUUGUUCAUAAUUUCGGAUGGAAAAAGUUCAACAUAGUCUACGACGCCGAAGAUGAAAAUGCUCCUAUGAGAUUGCAAGACAUUUUACAAUUAAGAGAUAUCCACCAUGAAGCUGUUCGUGUGCUAAAAUUUCGUAGAGGCGAUGACUAUCAAGUUUUGUGGAAGGGUAUUCAGGGCGAUAAGAGAGUUAUAUUGGACUGCCCCCCUGAGUUACUGGUCGAGGUGUUGGAGGCCUCUAUACCAUUUGAUUUGACGGGACAAUUUAAUCAUUUAUUUUUGACAAAUCUAGAAACACCGGCUGGAGCUUUAGAACCAUUGAGGAAUAACGAAACAUUUACAUUAAACAUAACUGCAGCACGCCUGAUGGGGAAGGACAUGGAAAAUUUCCUAAAUACGGAAUUUGAUCCAAAUAACAUUGAUAUGCCAACGAGGGAAUUGCUACCGGACCUUAUACACGACGCCAUCAUGCUUUACUUUCUGGCAUUAAAGGAAAUUGCCAGCCAAUAUAUGAUAGAGGAACCACCCACCUAUACCUGCGACACUUUGGAUUUUAAUGGCGAAACACAGCGAUGGCGUUUUGGCGAAUAUGUUAAUAGAGUAAUGAGACAGAUUGCACCACUAAACGAUACACUAUUUCACCAUGGUCGUAUACAAUUUGACGAUGCUGGCUACCGAACACACUUUGAGUUGGAAAUUUAUGAACCCCUGGAUAAUUACGGACUGGCAUUGUGGAACACUAAUGGUCAUAUAAGCAGUGAACAUGUCCAAACGAAUAUAAGCAAGAAAAUUGUAUAUCGUGUGGCCACACGCUUGGGUGCUCCCUACUUUAUGGAAAAAGAAGAAGCGGUAGCUGCCAAUGUUACAGGCAAUGGCCGUUAUUAUGGCUAUGCUGUGGACUUAAUUGACGAGAUUUCAAAGGAAAUGAACUUUGAAUAUGUGUUUGUACCAGUUGCUGGCAAUGGCUAUGGCAAAUAUAAUAAGGAAACCAAACGAUGGGAUGGCAUUAUAGGAGAGCUUAUUAAUAAUGAUGCUCACAUGGGAAUAUGCGACUUGACAAUCACACAAGCCCGCAAAGAAGUGGUGGAUUUUAGUGUUCCUUUUAUGACACUAGGUAUAAGCAUUUUAGCUUACCAGAAACCCGUGGAGAGAAAAUCGUGGAGUGCAUUUCUAGAGCCGUUUCAAAAUGAGGUGUGGAUGUAUGUGAUGGCAUCUAUUUUAGUUAUUUCAUUUCUGUACUUUGCCAUAUCCAGAAUAACUGUAGGUGAUUGGGAAAACCCCCAUCCUUGUAACAAAGACCCUGACACUGUUGAAAAUCGUUGGAAUAUAUCGAAUAGUUUCUGGAUAACCAUAGGUUCCAUUAUGACCGCUGGCUGUGAUAUUUUACCAAUACAUCCCACAAUGCGCAUAUUUACCACAAUGUUUUGGAUUUUCGCCAUUAUCCUUAAUAACUCCUACACCGCUAACAUGGCUGCCUUUUUGACCAACAGCAAAAUGGAAAGUUCCGUAAAUAGCAUUGCCGAUCUGGCCGGACAGGCGGAAAUAAAAUUCGGUACCAUUGAGGGUGGCAGCACUUAUUCUUUAUUUGCCGAAUCGAAUGAAACAACUUAUCGCUUAGCUUUUAACAGAAUGCAAGGUGCAGAUCCACCGGUGUAUACCAAAGACAAUAUUGAGGGAGUAGAUCGAGUGCUGAAGAACAACGGAAGCUAUAUGUUCUUAAUGGAGACCACCACUUUGGAGUAUAACACAGAAAGAAAUUGUAAAUUGAAAAUGUUGGGUGAUAUAUUUGGUGAGAAGCAUUAUGCCAUAGCAGUGCCGUUUGGAGCCGAAUACCGCCAUUCGUUAAAUGUGGCCAUUCUUAGAUUGGCCGAAAAGGGUAUAUUACCAAACUUAAAAAAGAAAUGGUGGACUAAUGAAGAUACACCCUGUGAGCACGAAGAACUGGCUGAGAAGGAUACGCCCGAUUUAACCUUUGAUAAUGUAAGGGGUAUAUUUUAUACCCUCUAUGUGGGUGUGUUUUUGGCCUAUAUCAUUGGUAUCAUCGAUUUUCUAAUCUAUAGCCAUCAAGUGGCUGCCGAGGAGGGCCUUUCGUUUAAGGAGGCUUUUAUCAAGGAAAUUACGUUUGUUUUAAAAUUCUGGAAUAACAAGAAACCCAUUUCAGCGGCUGGUAGUUCGCGUUCAGCUUCACGAAUGUCAGGCGGAAGUGACAAAUCGGCCAGAUCAUUGUCCAAGUCCAGAAAAUUGUCCAAGUCAAAUAAGUCUUCGAAAUCUGACAAAUCGGAUAAAUCACCAGAUGCCUCUCAAGUGGAAGAUGCUAUGGAGAGAAAAAGUACUAAAAGUUUGAAAAGUGUGGUGAUAAAACUUAAAUAAUUGUAGUUUUAUUUGGUCCACAUUCUGGAAACUUACAACAACCAGAAUAAA